UAUUUUGGUUAUUUAAUGAAAGCAAUGUAGACUUAAGAAAAAUUAAAAAAAAAAAAAAUUGGAAAUCUGUAAACAUUUUUUUUGUAACUCGAAAUUUGUUUGUUCUUUGUUUGGCUACUUUCGGUUAAGAACCUGAUUCCAAGGUCUAUAGCGAGAUCUGAAGAAAAGAAAAAAAGGCCAGCAGAGUCGAAGAAAUCGGCCAAGAAGGCUUACUUCUCUUUCUGAUCGCUCCUGAAUUCUCCAGAGACAAUGAUCCGAUUCAUAUUAUUGCAGAACAGACAAGGGAAGACUCGUCUUGCCAAGUACUAUGUUCCUCUCGAGGAAUCCGAGAAACACAAAGUCGAAUACGAGGUACAAUCCACUCUCUAUCUUCCUCUUUUUCUUCCCGUGUCCUACUCUCGUGUUCCUGAUCCUCAGUUUUCCCUCCAGGUUCAUAGGUUGGUGGUGAAUCGCGACGCAAAGUUCACCAACUUCGUCGAGUUUAGAACACACAAGGUGAUAUACAGGCGUUAUGCUGGAUUGUUUUUUUCCGUGUGCGUGGAUAUAACCGAUAACGAGUUGGCUUACCUUGAGUGCAUCCAUCUGUUUGUGGAGAUAUUGGAUCAUUUCUUCAGCAAUGUCUGUGAGCUUGACUUGGUGUUUAAUUUCCACAAGGUGUACCUGAUACUAGAUGAGUUCAUUCUUGCUGGGGAGCUUCAAGAAACAAGCAAAAGGGCAAUCAUCGAAAGGAUGUCAGAACUCGAGAAGCUGGAGUGAUGACUGAUUAGCGAUUUCUUAAGAAGCUAGAGUGCUUGGCCAGAUGUUUUAACUUCGUUGAGUUAAAGACAAUGGUGUUGAUAAGACUCGGAUACAGAAUGAUUCUGCUCAGAUUAUCCAUCAAUUUUUUUCUCUGUGAGAUUUUCAUUUCACCUAGUGAGAGGUUACAGACAUUGAAUUCUGUAUAAAAAACUGUUUUCAUUUUGCAGACUCCCCUCGAAAACUCACUAACACCAUUUCUAUAUUACACCUAGCAUAAACAAAAGGAUUGGUGGAAAAAUUUGAACAUAGCUUACACUAUAUUCUCAGAUUCUUCUUAGAUAAGAAGACAAAAGUGUUCCACACGGGCAAAUUUGACAAAGAUGUACCGCUUAUUGUAAAUCACAUAAACAGCCAACAUCAAUGGAAGAAGAAGCAAUUAGAGUUACUGAUGUAGCAAAUGCAACUUUACUGGGAAAUCUACACAAAUUCAUCAAUCAAUCAAACAGACAUGAACACAAACACUAUUCAUAAUAUGAACAUCACUUACCCUAAAUCCAAAUAUUCUUCUUAGAUCAACAAAACUGUUGCACAAAAAGCAAAUUUGACGAAGCUUCAAGAUCAUAUCACCGGCAAACUUAUGCAACAUCCAUGGGGAAAUAAAGUCAGAAAGUGAUAAAGAAAACAAGAUCUUAAGAGGAGGUAGAAGACAUCAAAUCUUUGUCUUCUUCGGCUUCACAGGACACUUUACAUGAGAAUCAUCCUCCUCACCUUCUUCAUCAGACAAGAUUUCGUCGGGGACAUCAUCUGGAACAUUAUGCUUUGUAAUAAACUCCUUAAGUAUCCUCAUACUUUCCUCUUUCAUCGAAACCAAUUGGUCCAAGACAGUAUCACCUUUGUUUGCAUCAAUGGUGUAGCUCUCUGUCCCAAGCCGGAAUGCGGCUUCAACCAGAUUCUUCGCAGGGACUGAAUCGUGACUCUCAAUCUCCAUAUUGUUAAGCCUGAACUCAAUCCGGGUCGAAGAAGAAAGCCAAAGGCGGAUGGAGCCGACGAUUAAGAGCGAUUACAAAAUUAGGGUGAGCUGAUCGAAAUAUUCGGAUUAAUUGCUCAUGUUUUUUUGUCGUCUUCUUCUGAUUAUAUGAAAGCCCAAUAAGGAGUAGUUUACAUCCAUAUUGAGUCCAGAAGACCCAGCAAGCUGUUUACA